AUGGCGAAGGAUCAGUCCAUGAGUCGCACAGCAAGCUUGUGUCAAGAAAUCACAGUUCCGAAGACGAUUCCAGUCUGCAUACAGGAUGUUUUCUACCGGCGUGUCCUGGAGCAACAUGAUGCUCCUGCGGUGUGCGCCUGGGAUGGAGAGCUGACAUAUGGAGAGUUGGAUGACAAAUCCUCGUCUUUAGCCAGAAUUUUGGCGCAGAAAGGGAUUCAUCGAGGAAGUUUCGUGCCGCUGUGCUUCGAUCGGUCACUAUGGACAGCAGUGGCUAUGCUGGCAGUUCUCAAGGCUGGCGGUGUCUUUUGCUUCCUAGAGCCAAAGUACCCACUGGCUCGACUGGAACACAUGUGCCGUCAUAUAAAUGCCAAGAUGGUGCUAUCCGGUGAAUCUCGGUCUGAGCUGGCGAGAAAGCUGGGUGAGCACCUUGCGGUGAACGAAGAUUUACUAGCGACCUCACCAUCGGAUCAGGAACUGGUAGAUGUGGCUCCGAAUCAAGCCGCCUACGUCGCCUUCACCUCAGGGUCCACUGGCAAACCUAAGGGUAUCCUUGUUUCUCACCAAGCUUUAGUCGCCGGAAUUCUCUACAACGAUAAACCUAUGUAUCUGAAUCGGACUUCCCGAGUCUUGAGCUUCGCAUCAUUUGCAUUCGACGUCAGCUUCUUGGAGCAUUUUUGGGCGCUCUUUGUUGGAGGUUGUAUGUGCAUUCCGUCUGAGUCUGACCGAGAAAAUAACCUCUUGGAGGCAAUCGAGAACCUGCAGGUCAAUUGGGCCUUCCUUACUCCUUCUGUAGCUCGUGUACUCAAUCCCACGAAACUACCAAGUCUGAGACAUCUCAUCAUGGGAGGAGAGCCCAUCACUCAGACAGAUAUCGACAUGUGGUCACCGCAUGUCCAUCUCAUAGGCGUGUAUGGCCCAGCAGAGUGCGCGGGGUGCACCACCAUACAAUCCGACUAUGGGAAAGUAGAGUCUGCCGCGAAUAUUGGUUUCCCUUAUGCCGUCACCUGCUGGAUAGUGGAUGAGAACAACCAUAACGUCCUCGUCCCAACCGGCUCUAUCGGGGAGCUUGUGGUCCAAGGCCCCAGCUUAAGUGAAGGCUACGUCAAUGAUCCAGAGCAAUCAGCAAAGUCAUACAUUACAAACCCUCUUUGGCUUUCUGGUUCCAAGGAAGCGGAACAACAGUUAUAUAAAACAGGAGAUCUGGUUCGUCGCCUUUCUGAUGGCUCGCUUCACUUUAUCAGCCGCAAGGAUACGCAGGUAAAAAUUAACGGUCAGCGCAUCGAGCUCGGAGAAGUUGAGCACCACACGCGGGCAGUCUUGGGGGGUAACCGAGAGGUCAUUGUGGAAGCUGUCAAGGCCGGUAGACCAUCAUCAUCUCUGGUUGCCUUCAUUGUCACAGACAACAUACCCCAAUCUUCUACCGAGCUCUUCCUAGCACCAGACGCGGGCUUCAAGGAUCGAAUCAACACAACCAAGUCGCUGCUACGCGAAAGGUUGCCUGAUUAUAUGGUCCCAGAGACGUAUAUUUCUAUCAAUCAUCUCCCUUCGACAGUGACAGGGAAAGCGGACCGCAAGCGCUUGCGAGAGCAAUUCACGCUACUUACGCGUGCCCAGAUAAAGGCUUACUUCGGUCUUGAAGACAAGGUGAAAGUCAUGCCACUUACAGAAACAGAAUUGAAGAUGCAGAGACUUUGGGCCAAGGUGCUCAACCUAGACCUGCAUGAAAUUGCAAGAGAUGACGAUUGGGUCUCCCUGGGCGGCGACUCUCUUGGAGCUAUGCAACUGGCGUCACUUGCCCGUUCAGAGCAAUUUUUCCUGACGGUUCCUGAGAUAUUCCGCCAUAAAACGAUCUCCAUGCUGUGCCAGAAUAUAAAAACAGACGUUUCCGAGACCAUAGAAGAGAUGAAACCAUUUGCACUUCUAUGCGACCAUAAGCUGGAAAGCGACCGAAUUCUUCAGACCAUCGCAGAUCAGUGCCAAGUAUCUCAGAACUCGAUCGAGGACGCUUAUCCUAUCACCUCGCUCCAGCUUGAUGCAUCUAUCAUUCCCAUCCAAUGGGGGUUAAAUUAUACACUACGACUUGAAUUCAAAUUGCCGCCCACUGUCGAUCCAGCUCAGCUCACACUUGCAUGGGAGAUGACGGUUGCCUCCAACCCUGUUCUCCGUACGCGCAUCGUUGAGCUGACGAAAGACCAUUACAUACAAGCGGUCAUUCGAUCGAAAAUUCCAUUAGAAAAUCUUGACAGCUCGAAUAUGGCUCGAUAUGAGCCUGCUGUCGAUGUCUGGGGAAUUGGAAAACCCCUGGUGCGAGUCGGUCUUCAAGCAAAUCGGUUUGUCAUGUUGAUACAUCAUGCUAUCUACGAUGGCCAAUCUCUACCCCUUGUCUUCCGAGACAUCUCCAACGCAUACCAAGGUCAAAAGUUGGCCUUGAUACACUUUGCUCCAUUUGUUCGGUGGUCGAAAAGCCUCGAUGCCCCUAAGCGUCAGUUCUGGAUUGAUAAAUUCGCAGGGUUCGACGGCAGAGUUUUCCCUCCGGUGCUGGAUCCAUCGCUGGACCCUGUCGAAAGCCGCGAACUUACCGGACACCUAAACAUCGUCCACGAUGCUUUCACGGCUACUAACAAGAUCCGCGUAACGUUAGCUAUCGUGAUCUCCUGGCACCACGGUACCAACGAUGUUGUAUUCGGGGGCGUCUUCGCACGGCGAUCGGCACCCAUCCCGGAUAUCAUAGAUUCAGCCGUUCCGACGACUGCGAUGCUCCCUGACCGAAUCAAACUGGACCCCGACGAGACACUCAGGUACAACCUGGAAAGAGAUCAGGAUAACAUCCUGUCCUUGAUGUUGCACGAGGGAAUUGAUGACCGAGAUAUCGAACAGCUGAGUCCCGAAUGUGAAGCAGUAGCAUGCAAGUAUGGUACCCUGCUUGCUGUGCAACCUGAUUUGGCCACCGCAUAUCCAGAGAUGUUUCGAGAGCGGGACAUGCAGUAUUAUGGUCCUAUUUGCGCUUUGAAUGCUCUGAUGCAGUGUUACCUGUCCCCUGAAUCUGCGACCAUCUCUCUUCGCCUCAGCGAGAGCACGAUGGAUGGAGUAUACCAUUGGGGGAGAUUCCUGGAUGAAUUUGAAGCUGUCUUCCACUUCAUCCAGAAAAACCCGGAUGUGAAGCUUUGUGAUCUUCGACGUCAGCUGGACAUUCCAAAUCCCCGUUCCCCCGCAUAG